AUGGCCUCUUUGGUUGCAGAUGUGAGGGAGAUGCUGAGUGAAAAGGAAUUAGGAAGGAGAGUUUUGGAAAAAGAUAAAGAUCAGCAGGUGGAAGUGAAAUCUGGGGAUCAAACAGUACUAAAGAAGGAUUGCAGAAGGAAAUGGAAAGUAAAAGAGAAGAAGAUGAAGGAAUUGACUCACGCAGGGGAGAAGCCAUAUAAAUGCUUGGUGUGUGGAAAGUGCUUCUCUCAGAAUGGUAGUCUAACUGCACAUGAAAGGAUUCAUACAGGGCAGAAGCCAUAUAAAUGCUUGAAGUGUGGAAAGUGCUUCUCUCAUAAUGGUAGUCUAACUGCACAUGAAAAUGUUCAUACAGGGCAGAAGCCAUAUAAAUGCUGGGAGUGUGGAAAGUGCUUCUCUCAUAAUAGCAACCUAACUUUACAUAAAAGAACUCACACUGGGGAGAAGCCAUAUAAAUGCUUGGAGUGUGGAAAGUGCUUCUCUGUGAAUGCCACCCUAACCAUACAUCAAAAUAUUCACACAGGGAAGAAGCCAUAUAAAUGCUUGGAGUGUGGAAAGUGCUUCUCUCACAAUGGGACCCUAACCAGACAUCAAAAGAUUCAUACAGGAGAGAAGCCGUAUAAAUGCUUGGAGUGUGGAAAGGGCUUCUCUAAUAAUAGCAACCUAACUAGACAUCAAAAGAUUCACACAGGGAAGAAGCCAUAUAAAUGUUUGGAGUGUGGAAAGUGCUUCUCUGAUAAUGGCAGCCUAACUAGACAUCAAAAGAUUCACACAGGAGAGAAGCCGUAUAAAUGCUUGGAGUGUGGAAAGUGUUUCUAUAGGAAAAGCCACCUUACUCAACAUCAAAUGAUUCACACAGGGAAGAAGCCAUAUAAAUGCUUAGAAUGUGGAAAGUGCUUCUCUCACAAUAGCCUCCUUACUGUCCAUCGAAAGAUUCAUACAGGGGAGAAGCCAUAUAAGGGCGGUGUGUUCGCGGUCUUCCCUGCCGUCCCCCUCGAAGGCCUCCGCCAGCAGUACCGAGCCCAGCCCGGGGGGCGGCAGCGGCGACGGGGAGGCCAGCAGCGAUAA